GGCCCCAAACCGGCCACCCCCCAAGCCAAGCCAAGCCAACCAGCCAGCCCACCGCCCCGGCGCGGCACCCGCGGCCGGCCGGCCGGCCGGCCGUACUGCCCAAACCCCCGUUAAAACCCCGCACCAGCCCGCGAUCCCGAGGAGGACCGCCAAACAAACCCGUCGCCCCCACCCCCUCCCCACUCCGCUCCACUUCCGCGCCUCGGCGAGCGAGAUGCGGGGCGGCGCGGCGGCGGUGAAGGCGGGGAGCCGGCCGCCGUGGCUGGGCCUGGGGGCGGCGGUGUGGCUGCAGGUGGCCGGCGGCGCCAGCUCCACGUUCGCGCUCUACUCGCACGCGCUCAAGGUCGCGCUCGGCGCCGACCAGCGCCGCCUCGCGCUGCUCGGGGUCGCCUGCGACGUCGGCGAGAACCUGGGCCUGCUCCCCGGGGUGCUCUGCAACCGCCUCCACCCGGCGCUGCUGCUCCUCGUCGGUGCAGGCGCGUGCCUGCUCGGGUACGGCGCCGCCUGGCUCCUCGUCUCCGGCGCCGCGCCCGCGCUGCCGUACUGGCUGAUAUGGUUUGCCUUAGCUCUUGCUGCGAACGGUGGUGCAUGGUUGGGGACUGCUGUUCUAGUGACCAACAUGAGAAACUUCCCACUCAGCAGAGGUGCUGUUGCUGGCAUUCUUAAAGGGUACUCUGGUUUAAGUGCUGCUGUCUACACUGAAAUAUACACAGGAGUGCUUCGUGAUUCACCCAACAACCUUUUGCUCUUUCUCACUCUGGGAAUUCCUGCUAUAUGCCUUCUGACAAUGUACUUCGUUCGUCCUUGCGAACCCUCUCUGGUAGAGACCAACGCAGAACAAGUCCAUUUUAUGUUUGUGCAAAUGGCGAGUGUUCUUCUUGGGAUUUAUCUGGUUGGGGCUACAAUAUUGGAUCAUGUGGUUACUCUCAAUGAAGUUAUAAACUAUUCUCUGCUUGCCAUUAUGGUUCUUCUCAUUUUUGCUCCCCUGGCAAUACCAUUGAAGAUGACAUUAUUCCCAAGGAGAAAAAAUCCAGCAACUGAUAAUGGUCAUACAGAAUCACUUUUGCCUUCUUCCUCUGAAUCAAACCUUAAUUUUGAAGACGAAGAUUCAAUGGAUAUCGACAUUCUAUUAGCUGAGGGUGAAGGGGCUAUAAAGCCGAAGAGAAGGAGACCAAGAAGAGGAGAAGAUUUCAGGUUUCGUGAAGCCAUUCUGAAGGCAGAUUUCUGGCUUCUCUUUGCAAUAUAUUUUGUUGGUGUUGGAUCUGGAAUCACUGUGCUUAAUAAUCUAGCACAAAUAGGAAUUGCAGCAGGUGCUGUCGACACAACCAUCUUACUCUCCGUCUUCAGCUUCUGCAAUUUUUUUGGACGUUUGGGAGGUGGUGCUGUUUCUGAGUAUCUUGUCAGGGCAAGGACACUUCCACGGAGUGUACUGAUUGUAUGCACCCAAGUAGUAAUGAUAAUCACAUACCUGCUCUUCGCUCUGGGUCACCUUGCCACCCUUUACGUCUCCAUCGCCUUACUCGGCAUAUGCUACGGUGUCCAAUUCUCCGUGAUAAUCUCAACCUCAUCGGAACUGUUCGGACUGAAGCACUUUGGAAAGAUAUACAACUUCAUCGCGCUGGCAAAUCCAGUUGGUGCGUUCCUGUUCAACACCCUUACAGGGUAUGUCUACGAUCUCGAAGUGGAGAGACAGAAAGCUGGAAUGGUAGACACAGAUAUCGCGUGCCAUGGCCCUAAUUGCUUCAGACUCACAUUUUAUGUCCUCGCUGGCGCGGCUUGCUUGGGCACAUUGCUGAGCACGGUUCUUACCGUGAGGGUCCGGCCAGUGUACCAGAUGCUCUACGCAGGUGGAUCCUUUAGCCAGCCGAGGAACUCUGGACAUUGAACGAAGGCGAUAUGAGCUGUAGUGUUUUCUGCAUAUACCUUAAAUCCAGUAUGAGUUCUGAAUAGCUUCAUUAAUGAUCUAUUGUAAUUCAUGAGCACACACCCUAUAUUUGCGCUGCCUUGUAAUUUUGGGUCUAGUUUGGUGUAAGAUGAGGAAGGAGAGAUGGUUAUGUGCAGAUUCUUGUACCAGAUGCUCGUGCUGCUGUUCCAAGUUAACGCGCUGAGGCCAGAAUCCUAGGGUGUAUAAUAAUUGAAAUUCCUGCUUAUGCAGAAUAAUGAUGCUUAUACAUGACAUGUUUAUGCGA